GGAACACCCGGAAGUGCCACCCUACUAUUUCCGGUGUACAAAACUUCCAGAAUCCAUUUCCAACAUGCCGCCUGCCGGGCAGAAGAUGUAACACAGAGACGUUACAAAACACUGGGCUUUCACUUACAUAAAGCACUUCUCACGUGUGGAGUGUACAUGAAAAUAACAAUUCAACGAAGAAGAAGGAGCGCUAUCCUAUUGCACUGAAAUGGCACGGGCAAAGAAGGCUCCUUCAGAAGCAUCUGAAUCAAAGCAGAAGUCGAGGAAGCAGAAUGGAGACACGUCUGGGGCUGCAGGACAAACCAUCUCCAAGAAGCUACGGCAGAAGAUGGACGGGAAGACCACAUUGAAAACAGGGCCUGUUUUCCCAACUACCAUGACCAAGUUUUCAGUUGGGAAGAGAAGUGGACCAGGAAGCAUCCUGCACUACAUUUACCAGAGUACACUGGGGCAGAGCCUUCAUUCUCAGAUGAGACAGUGUCUCCAGGAGCCGUUUGUACGUUCCCUGUCCUCCUAUAAGCUCCACCGUACAGCCAGUCCGUUUGACCGGCGGGUCACCUGUCUGGAGUGGCACCCCUCACACCCCACCACGCUGGCGGUCGGCUCCAAGGGAGGAGACGUGGUCCUCUGGGACUACAGCGUGCUCAACAAGACCAGCUUCAUACAAGGGAAAGGAGCCGGGGAUUUUAUUGGCGGGAUGACGUUUAGCCCGACGGACCCGUCCAAGGUCUACCUGGCGUCCGGCGACGGUACACUGACCGAGCAGAGCUUCCAGGGCGGUCAGGCAACGGUUCUGUCCAGAGUCCAGGACUGUGGACACGAUCACCACAAUGUCUGUCUGUGGUACUGCUGUGUAGAUGUGUCGUUGAGCAGACAGAUGCUGGUGACAGGAGACAACAUAGGACGAGUCUUAUUGCUGGGCAUGGAUGGACACCAGGUCUUCAACGAGAAAUUGCACAAGGCUAAAGUGACCCAUGCUGAAUUCAACCCCCGCUGCGAUUGGUUAAUGGCGACAGCGUCCGUUGACCACACGGUGAAGCUAUGGGACCUGAGGAACAUCAAAGACAAGAACAGUUACCUCCACGAGAUGAUUCAUGACAAAGCUGUUAACUCGGCCAACUUUAAUCCAGUGGACUGCUCCAAGCUCCUGACCACGGACCAGUAUGACCAGAUCAGGGUGUACUCCUCUUCUGAUUGGUCAACUCCUCAGCAGAUUAUCCAGCACCCACACAGACAGUUUCAGCACCUCACACCUAUCAAGGCCUCGUGGCACCCUCUGUACGACCUGAUGGUGGUUGGACGGUACCCUGACGAGAGGGUGUGUCCAGGUGCCCUGAGGACCAUCGAUAUCUAUGAUGCCAACACAGGAGAGCUGGCAUGCCAACUACUGGACCCCAACGCCCCUGGCAUCAUAUCUGUCAACAAGUUCAAUCCAAUGGGAGAUGUUUUAGGAUCUGGAAUGGGAGUGAACAUCCUAGUGUGGAACAGAGGUGAGACAUUGGCUGGUAAGCAGCAGAGAGGAGAGCUACAACAGGAAGCAGGAGUCCAGGUUGGCAGAGGUAGAGGCCAGCGGAGGAGAAGAGGGGAGACUCGGAGGAGGGAGGAUGAGGACGACAUUGGGAAGCUGAAGAAGAAGCUGUCUUCCUCCUCGGUGACCAGAACCAGAACAUCCAGGGACAAACAGCACAACAGCCAGACACAGAAGGGUCCCAAUAAAUAAUCGGGGAGAAGGAGAGAGAGGUUUUUUUUGUGAUGUUGGAAGAGUUAUGUAGUUAUGUCUAUGAUGUUGUCAUAUACAGGUAACUGACAAAAUAAAGGAAACACCAACAUACAGUGUCUUAAUAGGAUGUUGGGCCACCACCAACCACCAGAACAGAUUCAAUGCUCCUCGGUAUAUAUUCUACAAGUGUCUGGAACUCUAUUGGAGGGAUGAGACACCGGUCUUCCAUGAGAAAUUCCAUCGUUUGGUGCAUUGUUGAUGGUGGUGGAAAACAAUGUCUCAGGCGCUUCAGAAUCUCCCAAAAGUGUUAAAUUGGGUUGAGAUCAGGUGACUGAGACACACCCUCUAUAUUCCUUUGAGAGCCCUCUUUCAGUCACUGAGAUCUGGUGACUGAGACACAUCCUCUAUGUUCCUUUGAGAGCCCUCUUUCAGUCACUGAGAUCUGGUGACUGAGACACAUCCUCUAUGUUCCUUUGAGAGCCCUCUUUCAGUCACUGAGAUCUGGUGACUGAGACACACCCUCUAUAUUCCUUUGAGAGCCCUCUUUCAGUCACUGAGAUCUGGGGACUGAGACACAUCCUCUAUAUUCCUUUGAGAGCCCUCUUUCAGUCACUGAGAUCUGGUGACUGAGACACAUCCUCUAUGUUCCUUUGAGAGCCCUCUUUCAGUCACUGAGAUCUGGUGACUGAGACACAUCCUCUAUGUUCCUUUGAGAGCCCUCUUUCAGUCACUGAGAUCUGGUGACUGAGACACACCCUCUAUAUUCCUUUGAGAGCCCUCUUUCAGUCACUGAGAUCUGGGGACUGAGACACAUCCUCUAUGUUCCUUUGAGAGCCCUCUUUCAGUCACUGAGACACAUCCUCUAUAUUCCUUUGAGAGCCCUCUUUCAGUCACUGAGAUCUCUUCUAGCCAUAAUGGGCAACUGGGCAUUUUUAUACGUGACCCUAAUAAGCAUGAUGGGAUGUUAAUUUGUUAAUUAACUCAGGAACCACACCUAUGUGGAAACACCUACUUUCAAUAUUCUUUGUAUCCCUCAUUUACUCGUGUUUCCUUUUGUUUAGUCAGUUACCUGUCUGCAUUUGUCAUCUGUUACCUUUUUCUUGUUCAAAUCAUGUGUUUUAUUGAAAAUGUUCAAUUCCUAUUGUUAUAAACUGGGACAAUCGUGACUUUGACUCCACACAACAUUAAAUCCACAGAUGUUUGAAAUAUGUCUCUCAACAUUGAUCACUUUUCUACAGUGUUUCAAAGAUAUAUCUUGUGUUUCAGAUGUUUUAUAUACCUCUGUUUCUGGUGCUAAAUUGUUACUUUUUAUAAACUUUUUAUAGUGUAUUAAAAAAGAGAAUUUUGA